GUAAAUGGACUCUUUCAUCUGCGAAAACUCAACACAUGAUCUGGAUUGAUGUAUGAACAGGCCGCGGUCACCGAGGACGAUGUCUUGGCAAAAACACACUUUUCUCUGGAUCAUCUUCUGUGCUACAUGCCAGAUAACCUGCUCAAAAAUGAUGAUUGUGGGUCAUAACCUGAGUGUUUAUUCAGGAGACACAGGCUGUCCAGCUGUACAACUGACGUGCCGACCAGGCGGCGAUACACUGACAAAGAACUUUUGCAUAAUGAAUGUGAAACAAGAAGCAUCUUCAAUGGGAAACUGCACAACAGAAUCUGGAGACACAUUUCAUUUCGCCAUAACAAGCAAUGGGAGUGAAUAUGAAGUAAUGAUGAAUGAGACCGUGAGAGACAUCACAAUGUUGUUCCUGCCAGAUCAGCUGCAAUAUCUGCCAUCAAACGUUGAUCAGAAUUUAACAGGUUACUCACACGCAUCUUUUAUCUGCCUGCGUGAUCUUGGAGGUAUUUUGAAUGUCAAAGAAUAUCUUGUUGAUCCUCAGGAGACCUGUUAUGUGGCGGCCUACAGCCAUUCUGCAUGCGACGGAAAAAAAGAAAGCAAAUACGUUCUGCAGGUCAGUGGGACUCAAACGAAGUGUGUGAGCUGCAUCAAACCAUCAAAAACCACCAGUUCCUCAGAAGCUUCAGGGAUGAUGGACAACCUCGAGAACAUUGCAGACAAGAUGGAACGAAACAAUCAAAGCAUUAAACCCAUUGUCAUGGGAGGAGUUAAAGGUCUCGUGUACAGACAGGACAGGAGCACAGAACCCAAAGACGUCACCAUGUUCUCCUCAUCAGAUCAGGAUGAGAUAAGUGUUACCGAGGCUCAAAAUAUCGGGCAGAAACAGUAUUCCUGGUUAGUAAAAAUCUCAGCGGAGGCAUUCAAUAAAUCCCGUCUGGAAAACAACGGAAGCGCAUUUGUUGGAGUUCUUCAGUUCAAAAACAUGGACGUCAAUGACGAAGCUAAACAUCUCAUUGUUUUGAAUAAUGAGGUUUAUGGAAUAUCAAUGGGUGCCAGUAUCUCAAAUCUUACUGACAAUAUCGAGAUAUUCAUCAGAGCGGAAAAUCUGGUCGGUGACGUGUAUUGCAGUUCCUGGGAUGGCAGAGGAAACCUGAUGUGGACGACGUUUGGCUGUGUCACAGAAUUUAACACGACCAUCAUCAAGUGUUCAUGUUCACAUCUGACGUUCUUCGCUGUGCGGACGACGGGGCCCAAUUCAGUCACAUCCAUGCAUGAAAAAUCAUGGACCUUAUAUAUUGGCUGCGGUUUAAUCGCGUUUCUUCUAUUGAUCGGUCUGUUCACGUUCGUCCCGUUUCGGAAAAACAGAUCGAAUCAGUCAACGAUGAUCGCGAUGGAUUCUCAAGUCUGCAGGUCAAGUUGCAAUUAAGUCACAAAAAAUGACUUGCGACAUGUCAGGAACAUCUGACUCGAGGCUUGGACUUGAACACAGAAACUGAAAAACAUCAUUUGGUAUAAAUUAAUUCAUUACUGCUGUCGCUAUUAAAAUGACAUGUGAAAAUGAAUGAUUUUUUUAUUACAGCAAUACAUUAGCUCUAUAAUUUCAUUAUAUUUUGCAUAUGAUUCAUCCUAAACGUUUAAUGUUUAAAAUUAUAAUCAUACAUAGCUUUAUACAGUCAGCUUCGAUAAUUAUAAUCAUUCAUAAAUAUGAUUCAUUAUAUGGUCUUUGCAUGCUCUUUUAUAAAUGAUUUAUUCCCUGUUUGAAUAACUGUUUUGUUUUUCAUACUACUAAGA